UGAACUUUCCCUGUAAACACAGCUCGCUGACAGAACGGCGUCCCUGCUGGGUGGAUCCUGCAACUCCUAGAGGGAAUGGCACUUCUCGUUUUUCAUUAGAAAGGCGAAAGGUGAAUUACAAGUAGCUGUUCGGCAAGUCGGUGCAAGAGCCUGACUUCUGAGAGGCUUCGACGAGCCACAAGAGAAGAGCUCUCGGGGAAGGUAGUGGGAGUGCUCGUGGGGUUUUUUUCUGAAUGAACCGCUUGCAGAAGUGACUAAAGAAAACCACAGUUUCUUCCUGAAUCUACGGGCACAGCUACUGAAGAGAGCUUUAGACAGGACGUGCCUCUGAAGACUCAUUCCUUGGAAUGUCCUCUUGCUCCCGGCUUACAAACAACUGUCCUGAGGAAAGAAAGAUUUUACAUAUCCAAAUAAAGCCUGACAAAUGGCACUUUGGAACUGUGCUUUCUGAUGACAACGCGUUCGAUUUCUGACAAAGCCUCUCGCAAGCUGCCCCUGGAGGGGAGUCCUAAGUAAAACUCAAACCCACCUUCAAGUGAGGAUCGUUCGGAGGGCUCGCACCGGGAGCACGGGAGCAUGGCAUCGGCUGGGCACAUUGUCACUUGGCUUCUGUGGGGUUACUUACUGGAGCUCUGGACAGGAGGACACACAGCUGAUACCACUCACCCCCGGUUACGCCUGUCACAUAAAGAGCUUUUGGAUCUAAACAGAACAUCAAUCUUUCACAGCCCUUUUGGAUUUCUUGAUCUGCAUACAAUGCUGCUGGAUGAAUAUCAAGAGAGACUCUUCGUGGGAGGCAAGGAUCUUAUAUAUUCCCUCAGCUUGGAACAAAUCAACAAUGGCUAUAGAGAGAUACACUGGCCUAGUACAGCACUAAAAGUAGAAGAAUGCAUAAUGAAAGGAAAAGACACGAGUGAAUGUGCAAAUUAUGUUCGGGUUUUGCAUCACUAUAACAGGACACACCUUCUGACCUGUGGUACUGGAGCUUUUGACCCACUUUGUGCCUUCAUCAGAGUUGGCUACCAUUUGGAGGAUCCCCUGUUUCACCUGGAAUCACACAGAUGGGAGAGAGGACGGGGCAGAUGUCCUUUUGAUCCCAGCUCCUCCUUCACCUCUACUUUAAUUGGUAGUGAAUUGUUUACUGGACUCUACAGUGACUACUGGGGUAGAGAUGCUGCAAUCUUCCGGAGCUUGGGGCGACUGGCUCACAUUCGAACUGAGCAUGACGAUGAACGCCUGUUGAGAGAACCAAAAUUUGUCGGUUCGCAUAUGAUUCCUGACAAUGAAGACGGAGAUGACAACAAAGUGUAUUUCUUUUUUACUGAAAAGGCGCUGGAGGCAGAAAGCAAUGCUCACGCGAUUUACAGCCGAGUGGGGCGACUUUGCGUGAAUGAUGUGGGAGGACAGAGAAUGCUGGUGAAUAAGUGGAGCACUUUCCUAAAAGCGAGACUGGUUUGCUCAGUACCAGGAAUGAAUGGAAUUGAUACAUAUUUUGAUGAAUUAGAGGAUGUUUUUUUGCUGUAUACCAGAGAUCAUAAGAACCCAGUGAUAUUUGGACUCUUUAACACUACCAGUAAUAUAUUUAGAGGGCAUGCAGUAUGUGUCUAUCAUAUGUCUAGCAUCCGGGCAGCCUUUAAUGGGCCAUAUGCACAUAAGGAAGGACCUGAAUACCACUGGACACUCUAUGAAGGAAAAGUCCCUUAUCCAAGACCUGGCUCUUGUGCCAGCAAAGUGAACGGAGGGAGGUACGGAACCACAAAAGACUAUCCCGAUGAUGCCAUCCGAUUUGUGAGAAGCCAUCCACUUAUGUACCAGCCCAUAAAACCUGCGCAUAAAAAACCGAUACUGGUGAAAACAGAUGGAAAAUAUAACCUGAAACAAAUAGCAGUUGAUCGAGUGGAAGCUGAGGAUGGCCAAUAUGAUGUCUUGUUUAUUGGGACAGAUAAUGGGAUUGUGCUGAAAGUAAUCACGAUUUACAAUCAAGAAACAGAAUCAAUGGAAGAAGUAAUUCUAGAAGAACUUCAGAUAUUCAAGGAUCCAGUUCCUAUUAUUUCUAUGGAGAUUUCUUCAAAGAGACAACAGCUGUAUAUUGGAUCUACUUCUACCGUGGCCCAAGUCAGAUUCCAUCAGUGUGACAUGUACGGAAGUGCUUGUGCUGACUGCUGCCUGGCUCGAGACCCUUACUGUGCUUGGGAUGGCAUAUCCUGUUCCCGGUAUUACCCAACUGGCAGCACACAUGCAAAAAGGCGGUUCCGCAGACAAGAUGUCCGACAUGGAGAUGCGGCCCAGCAGUGCUUUGGACAGCAGUUUGUUGGGGAUGCUUUGGAUAAGACUGAAGAGCGAUUGGCCUAUGGCAUAGAGAACAACAGUACUUUGUUGGAAUGCACCCCACGAUCUUUACAAGCAAAAGUUAUGUGGUCUGUACAGAAAGGACAUGACACAAGGAAAGAGGAGGUGAAGACAGAUGACAGAGUGGUUAAGAUGGACCUCGGUUUACUCUUCCUAAGGGUGCGCAAAAUGGAUGCUGGGACCUAUUUUUGCCAGACAGUAGAGCAUAGUUUUGUCCACACGGUCCGUAAAGUCACCCUGGAGGUAGUAGAAGAGGAGAGGGUGGAGGAAAUGUUUCACAAAGACUAUGAAGAGGAUGGGCCUCACAAGAUGCCCUGUCCUGCCCAGAGCAGCAUCCCCCAGGGAGUAAAACCAUGGUACAAGGAAUUCUUGCAGCUGAUUGGUUACAGCAACUUCCAGAGAGUGGAAGAAUACUGUGAAAAAGUAUGGUGCACAGAGAAGAAGAGGAAAAAGCUUAAAAUGUCACCUUCCAAGUGGAAGUAUGCCAACACACAGGAAAAGAAGCUUCGUCCCAAAGCCGAGCACUACCGCCUGCCCAGGCACACGCUGGACUCCUGAGGGGGUGAAACUCUCUACUGGCUUCUGAAGAAUUUCUAUUUAGAACCUAUAAAAAAAAAAGAGAAACCAACUUCUUUGCAUUACUUAAAAGAGAUUUCUGUAAUACAGAAAUUACUGUAAAAGUGGUAUGAUAAAUUAUUCUGCAUACUCAUUUGACAGGUUAAAUAUCACAUAAAAUUAAUUUUUAAACAAGUUCAAUGGUUUCACAUUAUAUUGAUAAAUUUCACAUAGUAUUGAUAAAAGUGACGAUAGCUAUAGUUUUGAGUACUUGGCUGCUUUUCCAUGGCAAUUAUUAUUUUACCCUUGGAAGGCUUAAGAUUAUUAGAAUAUUGAUGAAAAAUUAGAGAUGUUAAUAAUCACGAAAAAAUAAAAAUAAAUGUUUUAAUCUUUCUGAAUUUUACCUUGCCACCACCAUGUGAAAUAUACAGAAUACCAGAUACUUUAAUAUCCUUAUGUGAACUCUCUGUUCCUUUUGAGAAUUAUUGUAUUAGUGUUGUCUAAGCCAUGAGUUUUAUGAAGCAGGUGUAUUGUAAUUAUUGUAAACCAUGAAAGAAAAAUUAUGGUCACCUUCAUAAAACAUUUGUUAAACUAAAUUCACAAUAGUUAUGUUUCAAGAUGAGAAAAUAUCCUUUCAAUUUCACUCCACUGAGGAAAGAAUGAAAUUUAGGUAACUUCUCAGAAAGUUAUCAAAGGACGUCAAGACAGGUAGAGUUACAGUUAGAACUUUAAUUGAAAAAAUUUUUGCUGCCCUCUUGUGGUAGAAAAAGUAUAUUCUCAUAUUGUUUUUACUCUACAGAUUGUCUAGUAGAUUUCUCAGUAAAUACGUCUAGCUCACUUUCAGAAAAAACUAACUGAAAUAAAACUGUGUUAAUACUUAUGAUAUGCUUUAAGAUGGAGAUGUUUAUGAAUAAAUUUAUUACCUCCCAACCAAAAACAAAGAUAUUACAAUACUGAAGCGCCAUUAAAACUUAAAUUUUAUGCCUUCUAAAUAAACAUCCCUGAAAUCUGACAUUCCAGAACAUAAUUUUUUACUAUUAAAAAAUAUUAAAGCAUUUUGCUCUCAGAUAUCAAAUUUUCCUAUUUUAUAUUAACAAAUAAGAAAAUCGUUUCAUGAGUUAACUUAAUUGUCGAGAUGUUCAGAGCACUUUUACUUUUAUAAAUACUAUCAGAAGUUUUUAUUUUUGUGAAGGCU